AUGUCCAAAAGCAAUACAACCCGUGUGAAGGAGGAUUCCCAACGCGGCACAACCCACCAAGUCCGCGAAAUUGCUGGAAGACUCGAACCUGGUCCUCGCGGGAGCUCUGACGUCACCCUGAGGCCACGAUGCACGCCUAGGGGAAAAAUCACAACCGAUGCACAUGGCAAGAACCCAGACCGGCUGGCAGGUCGCCUAGCAGACGUCUUUUUCGUCGCACUCGCUUGCAAUCCACGUAAACAAAGGACCCAGCUUGCUGUAGACAAUGGCUAUAUUGAAGCAAAUCAUGCUCAUGGGCUGUUUUGGCGUCAUCUGGCGGCAAAAAAUGUGGUGCCGAUACUGGAGCUGCACGAUGGAUCUGUUCCCGCUGGCCCCAACGGCAUCCGGUUCGAUGCACGCGAUUACAGGAGCUCUCCAUUUCGUUUAGUCCGCUAUUUUCUUUGUUCGGAAAAAUGA